AUGAACCGGCCUCACCGCAGCGCCGCGGGCAGCCGCGGCCUCGGCACCAUGGAGGUGAAGAGCAAGUUCGGAGCAGAAUUUCGACGAUUUUCUCUGGAAAGAUCCAAACCUGGAAAGUUUGAGGAGUUCUAUGGAUUAUUGCAGCAUGUGCACAAGAUACCAAAUGUUGAUGUUCUAGUGGGAUAUACAGACAUUCAUGGAGACCUGUUGCCUAUCAAUAACGAUGACAAUUAUCAUAAAGCCGUUUCCACAGCCAAUCCUCUACUCAGGAUUUUCAUUCAAAGAAAAGAAGAUGCGGACUACAGUGCCUUUGGUACAGAUACUAUGACAAGGAAGAAAAAUGUCUUAGCAAACGUAUUGCGUCCAGAUAAUCACAGGAAGAAACCACACAUUGUCAUUAGCAUGCCUCAAGACUUCAGACCAGUAUCUUCUAUUAUAGAUGUAGAUAUUCUUCCGGAAACCCAUCGUAGAGUACGGCUUUACAAAUACGGAACUGACAAACCCUUGGGAUUCUACAUACGAGAUGGCUCCAGUGUCAGAGUAACGCCACAUGGACUAGAGAAAGUUCCAGGAAUUUUCAUAUCCAGACUUGUCCCUGGAGGUCUGGCUCAAAGUACAGGCUUACUAGCUGUUAAUGAUGAAGUACUGGAGGUAAAUGGAAUAGAAGUUUCAGGAAAGAGCCUUGAUCAGGUUACAGACAUGAUGAUUGCAAACAGCCGUAACCUGAUCAUUACAGUAAGACCAGCAAACCAGAGAAACAAUGUUGUCAGGAACAGUCGGACUUCUGGCAGCUCUGGUCAGUCUACUGAAUCUAGCCUUCCAAGUAGCACACCAAAUAUUUUAACAAAUUUCUUGCAAGGAGAAGAGGAGAGCGAUGAAGAAGACAUUAUUAUUGAAGACAGUGGUGAACCACAGCAGAUUCCAAAAGCUGUCUGUACCAGUGAAAGUCUGGAAUCAUUGACACAAAUUGAACUUCAUGAGUCGACACAGAACGGUUUCCUUCCUUCCAGUGAGAUAAGCUUGAAUCAUUCAGCAGGCAGCAUUAGUAUGGAAUAUGAAGAACACAAUCCAGAUCAUAAAUCAUUAGAAGAAGAUGGAACUAUAAUAACACUAUGAAAUUACGUUGGUAUACUUUGUAUUAACUGAGAAUGCCACACAUGUUUUAAUUUGGCUUAAUAUGUAGUAUAUCUUAUACCUCUUAAUCUACUGAGCACUGCAAUUAGACUUAAAGGAAAAAACGAUACAAGAAGUUGGAAAUUAUAUAAGCUGACUAACUUCAGCUAAUUCUGCACUUCAAUGUAAAUACAUCACGAAGAUGAAAGAUAAGUGAUAACUACCUGGAACUGGAUGAGGAAAAUUUUUAAUUUAAAAUGAAGGAUAGCUAGGAGAUAGCUAUGAGCUUUCUCUUAUAGGUACUUGAUUUGUCUAUGUGUAAUGCUACUGAUUCUAUAGAAGUAAAUUUCCAUUAUUGUGUGAGGUCGAUUUUUUUUUUCCUAAUGUGCUGUGGUCUCAUUCAACUGAAGUGCUGCUUUAGCCACCUCAUUCCUGUUCUAGCCUGCUGUCUUUGUUGUACUGGUAGCACUUUGUGACUCUGUGUAUCAGGAAGCAGAAAAAAAGGAGGUGGGGUAGGAAGAGAUAUUCUUGAUAACUUAAUUCUCUGACUAAUUUACUGAGUAACAUGUAGAAUAGUGGUUUCCAACUAGACAACAGUCGGGUUGGAGGUGGGGGGCUGCUGAAGCUGACUGCCCACUUGGAAGUGAACAUGGAACAACAGGCUCAGUCAUGCACCUCUACUGUUUUUAAAUCUGCCUUGCAUGGCCAGGAAAACUCACUUCAAAUGACACUGAUUUGUAAAUUCAAAUGUUAAAGUCUUAAUAUUUCUGUGUCUUGAAGACCUGUUCUCAUUUUAGUUUGCAGUAUUUAAGGAUAUCAUUCCACUUAAUUACUAAUGGCAGUAAACUUUAAAGAAAUCAUAUGUAAACUUAAUACUAUGAAAAUAACAUACCUAUUGCAUAUUCCAUGUGAAAAUCAUACUCCUAGUAGAAGCUGUAAAGAUUUCUGCUAGCAAAGUUUGUUGCAGGAAGUCAAAAUUAUGUGAAAAAUUACUGUUCUCAAACCCAAACAGGUUAGAGCAGCUUGAAUUGACUGAAAUCCAUGGAUUUUUAAAAAAGUUUGAAAUUGGGUUGUGGCUUUGAUUAAAACUUGCUUGAGCCUGGGUGCUAUUAAAAUUCAUUAUAAUGACCUAAAUUGUACAUGCUGACCUUUCUGUGCACCACUGGCUAGGUAAUUUGAAUAUUGCAAAGUUACUGUAUGCAGAACAAAAUACUGGUGACAAAAGUCCUGAUACUAAAAUGCGUAAGCAUGUGUGUAUAACUAGUUGCAGACUUGCUAGAACUGCAGGGAGAGGCUUUUAGCAUUCUUUUUCCCUUCUCCCUUUUAGUCCUGUCUCACCACUGUGGGAUAAGUUGUGGCAGGGAAAUGGAAGAUGGAAGCUAAAGAGACUGGGGAGAGCGAUGGAUGAAAUUUCUCAUCAGGGAUCUGGCAGCUGAAGUCAACCUCUAAAAAGCAGGGAUGAUGUGACCAGUUCUAUACUGGGUUUACCAGAGCCAGCAGUCUGGGUUCUUUGAAGUGUGUCCUGCCCUGUGGGGGUGGCACGAUCAAACGGGAAAGGAGACUAACUAUCUUUUUUCCCCCCAGUCUGUCUUGGGAAAACAUCUACCUCUGGUAACUUUACUAGCAUGAGACUAACUGUAAGUUUAACGUCAAGCAUCUGUAAAAGUCCUUAUAGCAUAUCAGAGGCUAAAAAUCUAUU